AUGGCAGCCAAGGCAGCUCCUGCGCGUGGCUCCGACUCCAAGGCGGCUGGUUCUCCCAACCAAACGCUCUACUGCACCAAUUUGCCCGACAAGAUCUCCAAACGCGACUUGCGAACGGCCCUUUACACCCUGUUCUCCACAUACGGUACCGUGCUCGAUGUUGUGGCCAUGAAGACAAAGCAGAUGCGCGGCCAAGCCCAUAUUGUUUUCAAGGAUGUCCAGACAAGCACCCAAGCGAUGCGCGCUCUACAAGACUUUGAUUUCUGUGGGAAGCCAAUGAGAAUUGUGUACGGCAAAGGCCGCUCGAAUAUCAUUGACAAACUUCGUGGCACUUAUAGCGCGCCUCCUACUGCUCCUGCGCCUGUUGUUUCGUCAACCGACCUUCAAAAGUCAAUCUUCAGCGGACCACCAGGUUCUAUCCCCGCGAAGCCAGCAACCAACGGAGAACCGCAUGGAAUUAAGCGGCCCCGCGAGGCGGAAAGCGACGAGGAAGAAGCUCCAAUGGAGGAAGAUAGCGAUGUGCCAAUGGAAGCCUCCUCUGAUGAGGAUUAA